AUGCACGACAAAGGUGACUACAAGUCUGGGUGGCAGCUCGAGAGGGAGUGGGAUGAGGCCGAGAAAGCCCACAAACGACGCAUAGUGAUGCGUGAGUUGGAUGUUAGUGAUGUCAAGGCAGAGGAGGAAGACAGUGAUGACGAGAACGCACUGCCCUUUGCCUGCUUCAUAUGCAGGGAACCCUUUGUUGACCCGGUAGUCACAAAGUGUAAGCAUUAUUUCUGCGAGCAUUGCGCAUUAAAGCACCAUAUGAUUAUGGAUAUAUGA